AGUUACUACCCAACUCUAGUCACAAACUUAAUUUUGACGAAUGCCUGAUUCCCAUUCGUCUGGUUGUCAUGGCAGCAGAAAGAGGGAGUAUAAAGGAAGUGUUGGUGAUGCUUUAGUCCUCCUGCGCUCCGCAGGCGGUGCUGCAGGAAGUUGGAGCUGUAGGGUGGGGGACGUGGGUGGGGGAUGGAGGUUUAUAGCUGCCCUGUAGUGACGACUCACUGACAUCUGGAGCAGAACAGAGAGAUGUAGCGGAGGUAUUAUGAGCUGGGAAAUCCCCACCCACCGCAGACGAGUGAUUCUCAUCAAGUCGCUCCACAGAUGAGAGCAGCGCUGUCCUGUGAUGGAGACGGGGAACAUGUGGAGGGUUUUAUGGAAGCAUUUUAGAAAAAUGACUGAAGAGGAGGUGAAAUAACCAGAAUUUAUUUUUCUUCAUUUUAGUUUUCUAUUGUUGUACCUUUGUUGGGUCAAACAAUGGAUUUAACUCAUUCUCUAAAACUGACAGCUUUAAGAGUCAUUUUAAAUACUUAACAAAAUGGGUUUUUUUAAAACAUGAUCUUUGGACUUUUACCUGUGGAUGUUUUUAAAAAGGCUCUGACCUAAACGUUUCGGUGCCAUGCCGUACCAUGAUGAAGAGUACCCAGGUCAGCCCCUGUGGCAGUCUGUGCUGCUUUUCUGCUGCAAGGGCAUGAUCGAAGGGAUCAUGGUGGUCCUCUUCUUCUGGCUCCUGGUGCAAGUCCUCUUCACCAAGCAACUAGAAGUUCAUCUUCAGGUUCUUCUUCUGGUUGGACUGAUCGUGUUUUGUCUGUCUCUGCUUCUGGGAUGUUUUAUGUGCUGGAAAAAAAGUGACAUCUGGACAACAAUCCCUAAAUCAUUUACCUCAACUCAGACUUGUGCUGAAACUUCCACCUCAGCUCAGGAAAUGCAUCUCCAAAGAGAAGCUUCUGGACCCCGGCUGGUGUUGGACGGAGAAACGCCGGAAUAUCCGUCCACGUUUACCAGCCCGGCUCUUUCCGAGAGGGAACGUUCACCUCGUGUAUUUUCUGACCGAACCCAACCCGACAGCGAUGAAGAUGAGCAGACUGCAUCUCGUUUUUCCCUGCGUCGCUUCAGCUCCCCACUGCAAACAGCUCCACUUUACAAACCCAUUCACCCGAGCCGAGCUUCCCUGCCGUCGCUACCCAAACUGGGAACGCUGACCAGAACAUGCAAGGCCAUGCAGAGGCGCUGCACGGUGGCUGGAGAUUACAGAGCGUCCAGUGAACGCAGCAAACUAAUCAGGAUCAAUAACUCACAUUUAAUUCCCCUGGCUCCGCUGAGCUACGGCUCCAGCGCUUCCCGCAACAAACCUUUCCUCCAUUUCACUGCGGCCUUUUCUCCGGACCAACAAACACUGACAGUCACCGUGUUAAACCUCACUGGGGGACCUCAGAGACUGGAGGACGUGACUGUCCUCGGCAGUCUGCCACCUUUGCGCACCUGUCCGACUCGGAGCAGCUUCAGCCCCGAGUCCAACAGCCUGGUGCUGAUUCUGAAGGUGAGCUCUCUGGACGAGCUCAAAACCUGUGAACUGCGACUAAAUCUGAUGGUUACUGAAGCCGUCGCUUUAGGAGGCGUGGUGGUGAGAUGUGGAGAAAGAGACUGGAGAUCAGAGAAUCCGCUGCACUUUAUGAAAGAACUCAUUAAUGUUGAAAAUGUACCUGUGAGCGUGCUUUAACUUUGACGCACUGCAAAAACACAACAUCUUACCAAGUAUUUUUGGUUUAGUUCCUAGUGCAAAUAUUGAAAUAAAACAAAACUAACUUAUACGUUUAAAAAGGUUCUUAUUAUCACUUAAAAUGUCUUGUUCCAUUUGCAGAUUAUUUCACUUAUAACAAGUUCCUUUUUUUUUUUUUUUUUUUUUUUUUUUUACAAAAUAUAUAUGAGUGUCCUAACAGUAUGAAGCAGAUAAUCUGUGAAAAGAAUCAAGCUCCUCCACCUUCUUCCAGAGCUACUUUUGCCAUCUCAAGAGAUGCACAGCUCCCGGUCAAAAAUGACCAAUCAGAGACAGGAGGAGGGUCUUGGCGCUGUCAAUCAUCUCGUGCUAAUGGCGGAGAAACAACUUAAUGUUCCAGGUAAACCAUCUAUCCGGUGCCAUCGGUGGCUAUGCUAACUAGUCUUAGCAUUGUUAGUAGACGAGGGUGAUUGACAGCGCUAAAGCCCUCCUCCUGGCUCUGAUUGGCUGUUUCUGAUGGAACAGUGUAUUUCCAGAUUACAGCAGGUCCAUAAGGAGAAAGCAGAGUGCUCAAUUCUUUUCAAAGGUUAUUUUUUCAUAUUAUGCUGUCACAACAUAGUAGUACUUUUAACAAAUGUGUAAAAAAAAAAAAAAAAAUUUUUAUAGAAGCUACACUGCUGCUUAGAGAAAUGGACUUAAAACAAGCUAUUACAUGUUUCUCAAAAGCUACUUGGAAAUAUUUUUUUGUUUUAUUUCAAAUAUAUCAAAAUAUAUUUGUACUAUACUGAUACUAUAUCCAGACCAAAAUACCUAAGAUUUUGUGUUUUUGCAGUGUUACAUGGAAUAGAGUUGCACUGAUAAACAGUGUGAUAACAAUACAAAUUGCUACAAAUGUAUAUUGGUAGGAACAGAUUGAACAGUUAGGAAUUGCCACCAUUGUACUGUCCUAUGAAUAAUAAAUGUAAAUCUCCUUCAAAAGACUGUACAUGUACAGAGACCAAUGAAGACUCACUCACUUCAGCAUGCAAAAUGCUUGGAGUCGCCUCAACUGCUUGAACUAGUUUCUAGUAAAUUCAGCUGGCAUCUAUGAUGGACUGAGCAGUAAACGGACAGUCAGGUACAGAUUGAAGUCUGAAAAAGUUGCUUUUUUUAUUUAACCCAAAACACAAACUUGGGUAAAUAUAGAAAAUGACAAAAUUGAGCCCAUAAUAGAGGUCAAGUCACCGAACUCUACUCAAACUGACAAGAACACUAACUCAAACAAACAAACCUACCUAAAUGAGACAAAGGGGAAACUUAAAUACUGGCUGGCCGACCCACAAACACAACAAGGGGAGAACAGGCAAAAACCUAACUGAAGCAAAGAUAAGGAAAUCCCACUUACCCUCCCUCCUCCUGUCCCGGACCCGCUCUAUUAGAACCACGUUCCCCAGUGCUGACAACCACGACAUGAUCAGACAUCAGCACCAGCAGCUAAACCAGCAUAGAGUUCCUUUAUACAGAAAAAAAAGUGCACUUAGAAAUAUAAAUCCUUUAACUGCAUGUGGGAAUAACUUACUUUUGAUUUUUAUGGGCAGAAGUAAAGUAAUUCCCAAUGUUUGUGUUUCAUGUUCAGGGGAUUAGGUAAAGUCUUGCAGAAGCUAAAUGCAACAGGAGAUCAUCCCUUUCUGUAAUGCCAUUGUGGUUUAAUCCUUCACCAUUUUCAAUCCCUAGGAAACUGUCCAGCCUAGAACAAAAUCUGAUCGAGAUAAUCUUUGUGAGGCUGCAUAAGCAACAUCUUUACUGCAGAGAAGUCCAGCCUCCAUACAGAACAAUUGGAUUUUAUAGACAUUUGUGUUGUACAAUAUGGUGAAGUUUAUAUACAUCCAUCAUGUGCAUGAAAGAAAGACAAGACCUUAGUAUACAGGUUUACGUUACUUUGAUAUUUUCUUUACAUGGAGAAAAUUAUAUAAAGACUCAAAAUAUGCACAAAACAUCAUCAAUAAGUCAUCAAUAAGGUUCUGCUACGGGUUUGUUUGAUCAAUUUUCUUAUUAGAAAUGUUGGACUGAAUUUAAAUUGGUUGGUUUUCUGCCACAGUUAGCAUGGUAUUUAAAUUUCCAUUUCAGAACCUCAGUGAUGGUUUUCCAGAACCAUUUAUGGUGAACAUUUGGGAUGAUUGUCCAGGUUUCAACCAUCUGAGCCGUUUUCUCACCGUCAAAGGAAGGGAAAAUGGGUAAAAAGUUCAAGAAUGAUCUUGUUUCUUGUUGAUAUCUUUUUUCUUUAUUUUACUCCUUUAACAUUGAAUGUGUGUAGGUCAUGUGUUGAUGUUCUUAUAAGCCUCUUAGCUCAAACUACUCUAACAUGCAUGUUGAUGUUUUAUGGGCUUCCGGAUAUAUAAAAUGAAGUAUCUAUCUAAUCUACUUGAAGAGAAAAAAACAAAACUCAUAUCUUUUGAUGGCCAGGCCAGUUUACCAUCAACAGGAAUUGAAAGCUUUCUCCAAGCCUGACACCUGGAAGCAUGACUAAAAUUUGCAGGCAGCGCUACAACGUAAUAGUUUAGAUCAAAGCCUGUUGUAAGAAUGACCCAGUCAAAGUUCAGACCUAAAUCAAUUUGGGAAUUUGUGGCACGACUUGAAAAUGU